GUUGAGAGGCACCACGCGUGUAGAUCACAUAUAGUAGUUAACAGUGACUUGACACACCGUGUUGCAUUGUUUUUGCGGGCCGUCGUGGAGUAUUAUGUCGUUGAUCUGAAUAAGCUGUCGUCACGCGUGAUCGCGUAACAUGUCUUUGUGCUUUCGCACGUUGCCCGGGCGGCUGUCGUCGCUCGUAAGCGGCGGCAGCGGCCGAAAAACGCCGUCAAAACUCGACCGUAAUCAGCUACAGAAGAACAUCGAGUCGUCCGCCUUCCUGAAGCAGUUCUUGGGUACACAGAGAACACUGUCUGUAAGAGCAAACACCACAGAAAAGUUGGUACCUUUUACGGGAUGUACAUUUCCUCCAAAUUUAUCAUUGGCUUAUGUUGACAUUCACAAUCAAUGGAAUAAAAAGCUAGCCAAACGAUACUCUGACGAUGAAAGCAAGAAUACAAUGAUGUAUUGGGUCCAAAGCCCGCGCAGGCUGCACAAGUCACAGAGACUCAGUAUUGCCUUCUUGAAAGACAGGAAUUACGUAGCUCCUAUAGGAAUCAUGUCAAACAAUGUUAAAAUGUUUCAGGCACAAAGUGUUAUAGGAAAUGAUAACGAUAAUUCAUUUCUAUAUAAUAAUAGGAUGAUUUCUUUAGAAAGUUUACACAAUAGUCAAGAAAUAAAUAUUGAUAAAAAUAUCUUAUUUAUUUCUGCUGAUACAAGUAAUACUCUAAAAAUGAGCUCGCAACAGUCACCACAAGAAAACGAGGGUAAACCAUCGCAGGAACAACUGCAAUCCAUAAUCGAUUGUCUUAGUCAAGAUUUACCAAAGCUGUUUGCGAAACCUUUAAACGUUUCGAUAUAUACUGAUGAUCUAGUUUUUAUCAACAAUAUUAGAGGAGUAACAACAAGGGGGCUUAAUAAUUAUGUUAAACAGAUAAUACUGCUUAGGAUGGUUGGUCACAUGAAGUUUGCAUAUGUCAAAUUAGAUAUCAUAAAGAUAACAAUGCAUCCUGAAAGCGAUACCGUACAGGUUCGUUGGCGUAUACGAGGUAUCACGGGCUGGAAGGUGUUUACUAUGUUUUGGAAGUAUAAAUUUUGGAGAAUACAAGAUGCCAUAAAUACCAAUCACGAUGUAUGGUACGAUGGCUUUUCUACUUUUUAUGUUAAUGCUAACGGCAAAGUCUAUAAGCAUAUUGCGGACAAGAUGAUGCCCGAUCAAGAUACAGUCACAAAAAAGGAAGACCUACGUAUCGCACCGAAAUUAGCGCUAUUUACAAAUCUUGCAAACAUGUUUGGUAGCAACGAAAAUUCUAUGAAUUGAAUACCGUUGUAAUUACUGCCGGCUGAUGGAAUUAUACGAUUUUAUUCAAAUCGUCACAACGAACAGAAAAAGAAUACUUUUUCCACGAGUCAGUGAUUUCGCAUGUUGCUGGAGUAUCAAUUUCAUUGCAAAUCCUUAUGAAACGAUGAUUGGUAGUAAAUAAGAAAUAUGUGAAUUAAAAAAGAUGUAUAUUACCUAAACAGUAUCUUUAUAAU